GUUUCUUGAAGUACUGCAGAGACGGAGCUGCAGCGCUUAAACACCGUCAGCUCUUGCUUUAGUUGACGGGUAUCUUUACGACACAAAUAAAUGUUUAUUCAUUAGCAACGGCGGGCGUCUCGUAAUGGAGAACAAACAUCGACAUCAUCUGCUCCCUUAAUGACUCAUGAGAGCCAUAAAGGCAAAAGCACCUCUUCUGUGGUGACUGCAGACCUCUUUCCGUCCACCAUCUAAUCAUGGAUGAUACAGCUCCACAAGACACGUCUUCCCUCAUGAAGGGUGCCAGAGACAUUGCUAAGGAGACCAAACGACAAGCUGUUAAGAAGGUCAUCAAAGUUGUGGACCGUGCCUCAGACGAGUACUCCCACAGAAGCUCCUACCAGCGCUUCCAGGAUGAAGACGAUGACUACUACAGCCAGCCGGGUGGGAACUACACAGGAAAUGACGCCAAUGAUGAAGAGGGAUCCAGUGACGCCACUGAGGGUCACGAUGAUGAAGAUGAGAUAUAUGAAGGGGAGUACCAGGGGAUCCCCUCGGAUGCAAAGGCCAGAGAUGGACAGCUGGCUCCUGGGAAGGACCGGAGAGAGCUGGAGAACGAGAGGCAGGCGGACGAGGAGGAGCUGGUGCAGCAGUACGAGCUCAUCAUACAGGAGUGUGGACAUGGCAGGUUUCAGUGGCAGCUGUUCUUAACUCUGGGCCUGGCGCUCAUGUCUGAUGGUGUGGAGGUCUUCGUUGUGGGCUUUGUUCUUCCUAGUGCAGAGACGGAUAUGUGUGUGCCUGACUCGAGCUCUGGAUGGCUAGGCAGCAUUGUGUAUUUGGGGAUGAUGGUAGGGGCCUUCUUCUGGGGAGGCAUGGCUGACAAGGUGGGCAGACGGCAGUGUCUGCUGAUUUGCAUGUCCAUGAAUGGCUUCUUCGCCUUCCUGUCUUCUUUUGUGCAGGGCUAUGGCUUCUUCCUGCUCUGUCGCAUGAUAGCUGGCUUCGGGAUUGGUGGAGCAGUGCCCAUUGUGUUCUCAUACUUUGCUGAGGUAUUGGCAAGAGAGAAGCGUGGAGAGCAUCUAAGCUGGCUCUGCAUGUUCUGGAUGAUUGGAGAGAUUUAUGCCUCCGCCAUGGCCUGGGCCAUCAUACCUCACUACGGCUGGAGUUUCAGUAUGGGCUCAGCUUAUAAAUUCCACAGCUGGAGGGUGUUUGUGGUGGUGUGCGCUCUCCCCUGCGUUUGUGCCGUGGUGGCCUUAACGUUCAUGCCAGAGAGCCCAAGGUUCUACUUGGAGGUGGGGAAGCACGAUGAGGCCUGGAUGAUCCUCAAGCAGAUUCAUGACACAAACAUGCGAGCGCGUGGACAGCCUGAGAAAGUCUUCACCGUGAACAGAAUUAAGAUCCCAAAGCAGAUUGAUGACUUUGUUGAGAUGCAGACCGAAUCUGGCAACAUUUUCUCGAAAGUGAUCUUCAGAAUAAAGACUGAGCUUCAUGGGAUUUGGUUAAACUUCUUGAAGUGUUUUAAUUAUCCAGUAAAAGACAGUACAGUCAAACUUGCUAUUGUGUGGCUCACACUGUCAUUUGGGUAUUAUGGUUUAUCGGUGUGGUUCCCUGACGUCAUCAGACAUCUUCAGGCCGAUGAAUAUGCCUCCAAAGUACAAAGGCAUAACAAUGAGCGCAUUGAAGACUUCACCUUCAAUUUCACCCUUGAGAACCAGAUACACACUAAUAGCUUAUUUAUCAGUGACAGGUUCAUAGGUAUGAAAUUCAAGUCUGUCACUUUCAUCAAUUCCACUUUUCAUAGCUGCUUUUUUGAGGAUGUGACAUCAGUCGGAUCUUUCUUUCGAAACUGCACGUUUAUUGAGGCUGUCUUCUAUAACACUGAUAUUGAUGAUUCCAAGCUUAUGAACACAGAUGUCAUAAACAGCACAUUUUACCACAACAAAACAGGCUGUCAAAUGACAUUUGAGGAUGAUUAUAGUGCAUACUGGGUCUACUUCGUCAAUUUCUUGGGAACACUGGCUGUUCUCCCUGGUAACAUCGUAUCUGCACUGCUCAUGGACAAAAUUGGCCGCUUGUCUAUGUUAGGGUUUUCCAUGAUUCUGUCUGGUAUCAGUUGCUUCUUCCUGUGGUUUGGCACCAGUGAGUCGAUGAUGAUUGGGAUGCUGUGCUUGUACAAUGGGUUGAGUAUUUCCGCCUGGAACUCCCUGGAUGUUGUGACAGUAGAGCUGUACCCUACGGACAGAAGAGGAACUGGAUUUGGCUUCUGUAAUGCCCUGUGCAAGCUAGCCGCAGUCAUGGGAAAUCUGAUUUUUGGAUCUUUAGUGGGCAUCACCAAAGCCAUCCCCAUUCUUCUGGCCUCCUCAGUGCUCGUAGGCGGAGGUCUGGUGGGAUUGCGACUACCUGACACCAGGUCAAAUGUCCUCAUGUAACCCUUGUGUUGGAGGUCUGGAGAAACUUAAAAGGCUUGAGUUAACCCUCGUUCCUCAUUGUUGUAUACGGUGUACUUAUGUUGUGUUCAUAACAAGAUAAUUCUCAAUUAUACAUCAUCAUAUUUUGACAAUCGUUAGACUUUCUUUGCAAUAAUAAAACUCCUGCACCUUUAUACUUUACAGUUCAUUUAAACAGGACACUCAUCUUUCCUUUGGCUUUUAAGAGGUUUAGAAUGGCCCAGGAUUGAAUGUGAGCGUAAAUAUUAAUGUCCCCUUAUUAAGACUCGAGCAAAACAACCUAUUAAUGAGCAGUCCAAAUCUGCUUCAAGUAUGCAGAGAGGAUGAUCAGAUAUGCCAAAAGCCCAGCACAGCUGCAUCACACCUGGCUGACUGAAUCCUGAGAAUUACUAAACAGAUGAGAGACUGAGACCGGUCUACUGGUAAACAACUCUUUAUUCCGUUAUUAAUUUCAGGAUUUGACUACACAUAGUGAAAACAUUAUCCAGAUAUGGUAUCAUAUAUUUCUAAUGAAAGAGAAAAUGGUUUUGUUGUUGAAUCAGUUUCACUGAGUGUUGAGUAAGUUGAUGACAAGGUUAAUAUCCAUUAU